AUGCCGCAGCGGUCACUUCCGGCGGGAGCGACCACGAGGCGUGACUUAAGAAGCGACCUGCGUCCAAUGAUCCCUCUGGAGAAGGAAGCGUUAGCGGCAUGGGUACGAGGCACUCUUGUGCUGGAAGAUCCACCAGUCUUCAUCCAAGCGACUCACAGUGAGGCAAUGAAAGCCUCAUUCUUGCAGUUCUUUGAGCAGAAUCUGCAAGGAAGACUCGUAGCGACAAUCCCACCGGAGGUUUUCAUUGCCAAUCACACCGCCGAGACUACCCUGCUCAUAGAACUACGAAAGGCGUUCGACUUGGGGCACAUCAAGGUGGGAGAACUAGCCAGAACCUCAAUUCGAAUGGAUUAUAACCCCCACUCGGCGGGUCACUUUCUUCCUCCCGUUGAAACGACUGCGGACGCAUGGCACGGCAAGACAAUCAGGUUCAAGCACGCCAAUCUCAAGCUCAUUGAUCCGGACAGACAAGCGGAAGAUGAUCUGCCGACGGAUGAUACUUCAACUGAGAAGAGGAAGAAACAUGCACUGAACUACCAGAUUAGGGUGCUAACUCACGACCUGACCGCCUUCAAAGUGAUGCAAAUCAUCGGCGCUGGCACAGAUUGCGGCAUACCCAGAGUCGCGAGACAGACCCCUGGCUGA